CCGUUAAUUGCCUAGAGAUCAGGUUAAUUACUGCUGCACGUGCUGUGUGAGCAGAAGCGAAACGCGAGCUGCUAGAGUAACGUCCUGCAAAGUCUAGUGGACUCAGCUGGCGUCGCUGAUGACUCACAUCCUGUAGAGUCUGAACUUUUUUGUGAGAAAGCGGGCGGCACGGAGCCGUCUGCUUCCUGGAAUCCGACGUGGGAUUCCCCCCCCCCACGCCUCUGCCUCCCAGCUCCCCCUCUUCCCGGUGUCACAGUGCCUUUGGGCAGCUCCUGAACCGACGGCUGCAGACUGAAAGCCUGUACCUACCAGAUAUCUGGAGCAGGAAGGGGAACUGCAAAGAUAAUCACCGAACUGCUGUGUCCUUGGAAAGACAAAAAAACAUCACCCAGACAAAUAGGAAGCAUGGCCUCUGUUGCUCCUUUCAGCCGCAAUCAGUGGGCUUCCCAGUCCUUGCGGGUCACAGCUAAAGAGCUGUCCAUCGUGUCCACUCGGGGCAAAACCAACGCCAUCGCUGAACGUUUCUCCAAGUAUCAGAUGGCAGCAGAGGAGGGAAGUGCAGUGAGGAAGAAGACGGGUGUGGAAGCUCGGCAGUCUGCGCCGUCUGUUGGAAACCUGAGUGUACUGAAGAAACGCUGGGAGCAGCAGCCUCAGGCUUCAUCCUCAAAUCCUGCCGUUUCCCACAACAGUUCAUCGCCUCACCGCAAAGUUUCACCCGCCUCGCCCCUCCCCAUGUCCAACACCGCAGCUCUGAGCCAGGAGAAAGAGCCUAAAAGCCAGGUUUACUCUGAGAUCAACAGCAGCCAAACAUCAGAGCGGAUGGAGAUGGAGGCAAAGCCCAGCAGGGAUGGAGAGGAGCAGGAGGGACCCGCAGAGGCAGAGAUGUCCGACAUUGAGAAGCCCAGCAUUCCCCUCAACAGCCUGAAGAUGAUGUUUGAGAGAGGACAGACUCCAGACAAGGCCUCCAGAGAGCAGACGAGCAGCAGCUCAGCCAACAUGGACCAUCUACUAGCAGACGGGAGUCUUGCAGAGUCCACUCCUCUCCGCGACAGGAUGGCCCUCUACAAAGCUGCCAUCUCCAAACAGGAAGUGGCUAACGAUCAGCUUGAUAAGCAGAAGGAGAACGUUCCUCCCUGCUCCCUGGACACGAGUCUAGAGUCUGAGCCAAUCAGCAGAAGGGUCUUUACUCCAGAGAGUAACGGUUCUGGUCCUGGCACUCCUGUACCAUCAGGUCAAAAAGAGUCAAAGACUCCCAAGGGCUUUCGCCCGCCGGCGAGGGAGACCUGCGUGACCUGUCAGAAGACGGUUUAUCCUCUGGAGAGGUUGGUGGCCAACCAGCACGUGUACCACAGCUCGUGCUUCCGCUGCUCGCACUGCAACACCAAACUGAGUUUGGUGAACUACGCCUCCCUGCACAACGUCGUCUACUGCAAGCCGCACUUCUGCCAGCUCUUCAAGGCCAAAGGAAACUAUGACGAGGGCUUCGGCCACCGGCCCCACAAAGAGCUGUGGGAGAGCAAAGGCGACGGCGUGGAGAGCUCGCCGCAGUCCAGCUGUGCCAGCAAACCCAGGCCCCAGAGCCCCGCCCCAGACCUGGAAAGCCCCAGCGUGGAGGAGACCCCGCUGGCCAAGGUCAACAUCCUAAUGGCCAGCAUGGAGGCCCGGAGCCACGAAUCCUCUGAAAAGGCCGACAGACCCCCCGAGACCCGGAGGCUCAAGAUCUCCUGGCCCCCCCGAACAGAACCAGAGGACGUGUCCCCCCAGAGCACCUCCUCUGCGGCUUCUGAGAUCAGCUCCACUGGAAAGCCCAUCCGAGCCAAGUGGCCCCCUGAAGAUGAGUCCCCUUCCCCUUCCCCUGAGGAGGCCAGAGGCUCGCCCUGCCUGCUUCAGGGCUCCUCCCUGAAGGAGCGCAGCCUGGCCUUCACACAACCCAACAGCAAGCCCAGCACAGCGCCCCCCCAAGAGGAGCAGCUCAGCCCCGAAGCCUCCAUGGAGCUGCAGCACGGCGGCCUGUCGUCCGACAGUAACACCCCCACUGAGGACAGCUGUGGGGUGGACGUACACAGCAGCUCUGGAGAAGAGGAGCACAGCGGAGAGAUGAGGAGCAACGCCGCAGACAACCAGCACAACUCUGAGGAGGAGCUGGACGAGCUGACAGAAGGGCCAGCAGAAGAGGAGGAGGAGGAGGAGCAGAUGGAAGAGGAAGGCAGCGGGGGCGAGCUGCAUGGAGAGAUGCCAGUGAACCACGAGAGUCCAGCAGAGCCGACGGACAUCUCCUCUCCAGAGGGGGAGUUGGAGGCCAGCCGCUCCUCCCAGGAUGUGGGCUUCUGGGACAGCGAGGAGGUGGAGGAUAAAGAGGAGGCGCAGCUGACUGUGGAGGAGUUGAUCAAAAGAAACCGAUGCUACGAUGAGGAGGAGGACGACGUGUGAGGAGAAUUCCAGGACUCCUCCUGCCUUGUGGAGGAGCGCUGAGUCUUAGUGCCUCUUUGAACCGUCUGAAGCCAUUUAAAGUCCCUCUGGUGUGAAAAUGUAGUCGGCUCCUUCUCAACACGUUUUUAAAGAAGUGACCAAAGCUUUUGACCUUCAGGACCUGACAGAUAAAGCAGAAGAACGCGCUGAAAGAGCGCCACCUGUCUGUCAGGGUUCUGCUGAUGGAGAGUCGACACCUUUGGAUCAGAACUUCCACUUUUAAAGAGCUGUACCCGAAUGAGAAAAUAUCCUGCUUUUAAAGUCCGCUUUCUUCUGUUGAAAUAAAUAUUAAAUUUGAUGGGAAAAUCUAUUCCUGACAGUAAAAUGUUUAAGGAUGUGCUCAUGUUUUAAGCUUUUUCAUGUUUUAUAUAUUCUAGUUGAAACCUACAGUAGCAACAUUUAACCUUCUGUCAUGUCAGCAGUUGAAACCAGUCACUGAAGUCCAUUUAAACUUUUGUCUUUUUUCUGAAGAACCUUUUGUUUCCUAAAAUGAUUUUUACUUGCUGCAAUAAAGAAUUUUAUAAUUUU